CCUAUAACCCCACAAAAUGAAUCUCUCCUCCGCCCUCCUCCGCCGCGCCGUCCAACCGUUCGCCGCCGCAUCUCGAGGCUUAGCCUUUCAGGAAUUUCAAUCUCAAUACAGCACCUCCACGACCGAUGCGGUGGCUGAAAGGAAAGAUGAGAAGUCUAAGGACAAGUUGUUCACCUUACCGCCGUUCAAUAAUUCGACCGUCGACGGCGCUUUGCUUGGAAAGGAGCUGUCAGGACGGCGUUCUGAUGACGCCGUUACCGCCACCACGGCGCUUAAGUGGGUCCUACGGUGCUGCCCUCAGCUUCCGAGGUCUCUUGUGCAGAAACUCUUUCGCCUGAGACAUAUUCGAAGAGAAUCAUCUGAUUUGGCAACGAGUUCUGAUUUGGGUGUUCGAACACACGAACAUAAGCUUUCAAGGGUAGCUGCGAAAGAUCCAAUGAAUGUAGGAGAUCAGACAUUUCUUUCUAUAACUGUUAGAGAGUUUCCCUCAAAGACUGAGAAACAAGAGUGCUUUUGCGACGAAGAAGAAAUGGAAUUUCUCCGCAGUCUUGAGUUGUAUAAGGAUUCAGCCAUUAUUGUUGUGAAUAAACCCCCUGGAAUGCCUGUUCAGGUUAGCUAUCGGCAUCUUCAAUCUUAUAUUUAUCUGUGUACUGACAAAUUGUGGCCAUUGAGUCACCUUAUUCAACUAAUGUAUCUUGACAGGGUGGAGCAUAAGAAACAGUUUAGAUGAACUAGCUGCUAGUUAUUUGAGAUAUGAUUUCAUAGAACCCCCUCGACUGGUGAGCUUUAAUUUAAGUUCGGUAUAGAUGGUUUGUAUUAGAAUAGUAGCAUAGCUUUAUUGCGAUAGAAAAGCUUGUUAUAUUUCCACUCUGACCCCUUGUUAUAUGACUCUUUCUAUAUGUGGUGGAACCAAUGCCCCUAAAAUGUGUUAUAUACCAGAACUAUUAGUUACACCACAAAUACAAGUGGUCAUGCGACAAUAAUUCAAAGUGUGUUAUCCCCUGGUUGAAUUGGUGCAUUGGGAUUAUUAUUUUAUUUUCCCCCCUUCCCUCUGUCUUUUUUGACAGCAUUUCCUAUAGUCAAUUACUACUGGGAUGAAAGCCUGGGGGCUCUCAAUAAUCCUCUCUAAUCUGUUUACAAGUUUGUUUCUUAUUGGGUGCACAGACUGGAUAGAGAUAUUAGUGGCAUCUUGGUUAUGGGGAGGACACAAACAAGUGCCAGAGUAUUGCAUUCUAACUUUCGCUAGAGAACUUCUGGAGCAUCAAGCGAUGUGUGUGUUUUUACUCACCUUUCUUGUCCCUUUUUCUUUCAAAGGAAUAGAAUUGCAUCACUGCAUCUUCUUCUUCAUUGUCCCCUUCUUUUUCUACUGUCGCCUUUGUGAGCUAUAUCUUAUAAAUUUACCUUUUGCAGGAUCUGCAAAAUAUAAAGAGAACAUUGCAAAGAAGGUAUUGGGCACUUGUCAUUGGGUCCCCAAGACGC